AGCAGCAGGAGCAGCAGCAGCAGGACCAGCAGCAGCAGCAGCAGGAGCAGGGCUGAUCCUGGUUCCGCCCACCGGGACUUUCCUGGCUUCCUCCUGCAGGGAGCGGGGGGAGCAGGAGCGGCCGGAGGCAGGAGCCGGCCCCGGCAGCGCGGGGAGCGCUCCCGCCGCUCCUGCCGGGUUUCUACUGUAGGCGGUGCAUUCCUCGGGAGGGAGGGAGGGUGUGCGCGCCGGUGCCUUCCCACACUCGCGACAGCUCUUAUUUAAUGGGGGUCUCCAUGCAGGGCAGGCAGCACAGGAGGUUUGGCGGUGCCCGGCUCCCUGCAGGACGCGCCCGGCGCUGCUGGCAUGGAGAGCGCGGCGGAGAUGGGCGCGGAGGCUGCGGGCAGCGGGCACGGCGCCGGGCUGCGCCUCCGCCAGGACCUCCGCAGGAUCCGCUGCGCUCUGCUGCUCUGCCUGCUGGCCGUGCUGCUGCUCAUGCUGCCCACAGCCUACCUGCUGGUCGGGAACCUGCGAGCGCCCAGCUCCUGCGGCAGCCAGGUCACAGAGGAGAGGGGCUCUCACUUUCUGAAGCAACGAGCAGUGGCUGCUGUUACAGACACACUUUCCAGCGCAGAGAAGCCACGAGCUCACCUGACAGUGAAGAAGCAGGACCUGGCCAGCGCCGUGGGGAGCCACCUGCCCAUCCUGCAGUGGGAAGACAAGCGAGGCUUGGCCUUCACCAAGAACAACCUGAGUUAUUCCAGCAACGCCCUGGUGAUUCCUGUCUCUGGGGACUACUACGUGUACGCCCAGGUCACGUUCCGAGGGCCCGUUGAGAGCAGCCACAAGGCCAGCUCUGUCACUGAGAUCAUCACCAAGGUCACCGACAGCUACCCCGAGCCCACCCAGCUGCUGACGGGCACCAAGACCCUCAGUGAGAACGGCAAUGGUUGGUUCCAGCCCAUUUAUUUGGGCGCUGUUGUCUCCUUGGAGGUGGGAGACAAGCUGAUGGUCAACGUGAGUGACAUCAAGCUGGUGGAUUACACCAAGGAGCACAAAACUUUCUUUGGGGCCUUUCUGCUGUAGGGCUCUGGAAGCAGCUGGUGGGAGAUCCCUGCGGGGUCAUCGAGGCAAUCUUGAUGGAUUUUGGUUUUGUGGGCGCGUGUUGGGGUGAGAUCUGUGCUGUCUUCCUUCUUCUUCUUCUUCUUCUGUGCCAUCACUGCCCUGCAGCUUGCUAGAGCCUUAAUUUAAUGGGUAGGGAAAGGUGAAGCUGCAGGUUGAAGUGAAAUAACCCCCAAAAAAAAAAAAAAAACCAACAAAAAAACCCAAAAACUAACCCCAAAAAACCCCAAAUAAACAAACAAAAAA